AUGCCAAUGAUAAAUGAGCCAAGCCGCCGCGAGAGGAGAAGUUUGAAGAAGCGAGGGAACUUUUUGCGAAGUUCAGCCCCGCCGAGCCCCCCGGAGUUGAUCUUAUCGCGACGCUGCAUCUCCUCGUGUACGUCCGGCCUGACUCCCAUUGACUGGCUCCUUUUCUUCUCUUUACUUUUUUAGUCAAAAUCAAGAUUAUUAUGAAAUUUUUGUACUGGCGACAAUCUUUUCAUUACCGGGAAAAAGAUUGAAAGAAAUGUUUUUCGAAAAAUAUAUAUUUCAUGCGGAACAGGGGCCAAGUCGGUAAGGGUAGAAAAGGCUCCAUAGAAAUUUUCCUUUUAGGGUCAAAAAGGUUCCUUUUUGCGUCAUUUCAUAGGCUUUUAUGCACCAUUUUUGCUGCCUCUCCCAUUCUCCACCAUUUCUUGAGUCAAGUCCCAGAAAGAAUGAAAAGCUCGAUAAAGGGACCCUUUUUACUGCCUUUUUCGAGCCAGCUGGCUUGCUGGUAAUUCCAAAAUACGUUUGAGCGAUUCUUUUACUUAUUCUUUAUCAGGAUCUAACAACUUUAUGUUCUAUGUUUUCAACAAAUCGAAGUUUCCUCCUCGACACUACGAUCAAAGUUUGAAAAUGGCUCGCGGAGAGUCGCGGCUCAGCGUUCGCCUCUUAUCUCGCGUAUUUUGGGCCACUCGAGUGAUUGCGUAUCACUGAACUGAUAACUUGCAGGUGUUGUUGUCGCUCCAAUGAACGAGAUCGUCGGCUCGCCCUGGGCGCUUUCCCUUCAGGACCCAGUCGUUAGCGGUUCGUUCCUCAUUCCUCAUUCCUCAAAGCUUUUCAAUCAAGAAGAAAAUUCUUAAGCUAAUUAUAUAAGAUCCUGUUCGAAAAUGUUCUGGCUGGAGAGUCUCACUUUGGCUGGACGUCUAUAAAUUACGUUCAGAAAAUAGGAAUUUUCCAAAAAAAUUCAGUUUUCUCACAACAUUUGGACGUUCCAGGCUGUUUUUGCUUAUCAUACUGAUUAGAAGUCACUUAUCAAAGAGGACGCAACAUUUCUCUGAUAAUUACAGGUGAUAGGAGAACCAUGCUCUGCGACGUAGAAACGGACCCGAGUCGUCUCGAGUUUGUUGUCCAGGUUUUUUUUUUCUCUUUUUGAGAUAGUUUAUAGUCUUUUUUUUUAUAGUUAAUUCCGCACUAACUUUUGAAGUUUAAAAAAAAUAAAAUAAAAACCAUAGUAUACAGCAUGCUUAUUCCAGCUUGUCCCGAUUUUUUGAUUUUUUUUUUUCUUCCGAGCUACGAAACCUUUCUCUUUAACAAGCCUGCUUGCAUAGAAAAAAAGGAAAAUUCAGUUGAAAGAAAAAAGGUGAAAACUGGCGCAAAAUAGGCUUUAUAGUGAAUUAAAAAACUUUUUCUUGAAGUGUUCUAUUUUUCAGUUUUGGUUUCUUUAUAAUUAUAGCAGAGUGUUCAAUCUUACUCUAAAUUGAUUAUAGUCUCAAUAAAUUUUUUUAAAAUAAUUUGUUUUUAUUUUUUUGUGCUGACUUUCUUAAAUUAUAGUCUGUGUGCCACGACUUGAAAUUUCACCGAACGAAAUUCCGCUGUUCCGCUGCGUUUGUUCGCGAAGCGUUUUUCAAAUUUAAUUCACGCUUUCAAUUGAUUUUUAUUGCUGUGAGAACACAGUAAAGUAGAGUACCUUAAUAGAAGAAACCAAGGUUCGCAAAGGCGCGCAGCGGCACAGCGGAUUGUCGUUUGAUGAAAUUCCAAGUCGCGGUACAAAAACUUAUAAAAUAGAAUUUUCAGGCAGCUCUGAAGUCCUUGGAACGAAAACUGCGUCCAGAAACGAGCGAUGAGGAUGAAGAAAAUCCGUCCGAAGUGAUCGAGUUCCGGUCGGGCGAAUCCAGCGGUCCUUUCCCUAUCAAAAGCAUCCAGAUUCCGGUGGAUGGCCAUCCGACUGUCUCAGUGAGCCUAUCUUUGAAUGACACAAAAAUAUUUGAUCCAUUUCAGUUGAUAGAUUUGAUCGGGAACAUCCACCGGUUUGAAUACCAAGAGUCCGACCAACUUCUCAAUAGACUUUCUCUUUGUCCAUCGCCGCUGUUGGCGAACUGCGUCGUCGUGCUUUUAGGUCCUUUUUAUCAUUUUUGUGAAUCUUGAUUGUUCGUUUUAGAAGGUUUCCUUCAACUACUUUUUACCAGGGAUAUCCCAAAAAACGCGCCUUUGAUGGGCGUUCUCAUCGUGCAAAACGUGAAGAAACCUCCGCCUGUCAUCAUUGAAAAACGUUGGUAUUCCUCUCCAACAAAUUUAUUUCAUAACUAGAACUUUUUCUAUUUUAUCUGAGUGGAACACCGCAUGGCACAGCCUGAUAACAGCUGAUAAUCUUUUCACGAAACUCUGUUCGGUUCCAGGCUACACCUGUCCCAAGUGCAACGUCGCCAAAUUCAACAGCCUCAAAAACCUUCAAGUCCAUCAGCAGGUGUACUGUACAUUGCGGGAAGCACGAACUACACAGGGUGAGAAAUCCUUUCUUGGUCGGACUUUCGAGGUUUCGAAAACCCAUUUUUUAGUUACUGUAGGAUGACUGAUGUUUUGUUGUAGAUGACCCGCCAAUCAUUUAAUCGGCGUUAUCGAAAUGAUAAGCGAUCAGCCGCUGCGGCGCGUUUCAGAUUGUUUUUAUAUAAAAAACAUUACGUCAUCAUCAAAAUUUUGGAUUCUAAGCUUCAAUUUCAGUGUACGGCGUUCCCAAACGGGGUGGGGACCAAAAAGAUUCCGGCGCAAAAUUUGAAAUCUCAAGUACGCAGCCAAAUGGAGAGUACGGUAUUCUUCAUGCCGUUGAAUACUCAGUUUAAUUUUCAACGUAUAAGUAGCUGUGACGUCACAGUCCUUUUAUCCGUAGCGCGCACUUACUUUUUUUUGUAAAUUCAGAAACUUUGACGCCUCGCUCACCUUCCCUCACUCCAUUAGGAAUGCCGUCCGACGAUCAAAAAUAUCUUAUUUUUAAACCUUCUUUGUUUCCUUGUCAUCAUUCAAAGAAUAGACAAAAGAUAUUUAAUACCUUCAGCUUUUGCAAUGGAAUUUGAUGACAAUUUUGUUCCACAAUUUAAGACUAAAAAAAGUAUUUCGAAAAGAAUAAAUACGGCUGAUAAUUUCUAAAAAAGAUACGUCGAUUCAGUUUUCCUGCACCUGCGUUUGAACCUGAAAAAAUGUUUAGAAAGAAAAGAUUGUACAAAAAAAGAAGAUUAUCUCUCUACUCGCCUCGGCGAUCUUUUUCAAAAUCUGCGGCAAGUCGGCCCGCGGGACAGAUAAGCGCUAGAUUUUCUGGACGAUAAGAGCUUAAGCUCGAGAACCAACCCUGGUUUGCUCCUGAUUUACGGGUAGUCGCAACUUUUAUAAGAAAUUGAAACUUGAGGGAGAAGUUUUAAAAAAUUCUUUAGUAACUUCACCAGUGAGCAACGUUUUCUCUGGAGAACUGACUGACCAUCCUCACGUGAUUCUGCUCCCAGUAGCCUACCACGACUUCCCACAGCAGCAGCUAGUUCAGGUAAUAGAGAAAAGGUGGUAUAGUCUGUGUGCCACGACUUGAAAUUCCUCCGAACGACAUUCCGCUGUUCCGCUGCGUGCGUUCGCGAAGUCACACUUUCAAUUGAUAGUUAUUGCUGUGUGAGCACAUGAAAGUAGAGUAGCUUGAUGAAAGGAAAAAAAAUUUUAAGCGCAACCGAGGUUCGCAAAGGCGCGUAGCGGCACAGCGGAAUAUCGUUUGGUGAAAUUCCAAGUCGUGGUACACAGGCUUUAGAAUAAAUAAUUGGAAAUUUGAGAAAGGAAUCAAAUCUAAAUAAAUGUUCUUGCAGCCCAUCGGACCAGCUCAAACUUUGGUUCCGGUAGCGAUUGGCCGGCCAUCAAUCCCUCAAGAUCCAACAACCGCCGUGACGCCACUUCUGCUCAGGACUUCUCUCGGAGAUCCGCUUCCCACUGAGCUGAAAAUCGCACACAGAGACUUUUGCGUGAAGGUUCCCGUGGUUCAAGUCGAUGAACGGUGCAAACUUCCAUAAGAAUAUCUUGUGAACAAAGCUUUCAGACCCCUGCCCCAAGACCCCGCCACAACAACGACUCCUCUGGACCUCUCGUCCAGCCGGAAGAGAGAAGCCUUGGAAGCAUCAAGUCCAACUUCAUCUCCUCCUCCUCUCACCAAGGUAUUUUUUGAGGUCACAUCUGACUGAAAAUCGUUAAGUUACAGAAAUCAGGAAUAGAGAAGCCGUUCACAUGCACUUGUGGGGUUUCCUUCACCGCAGACGCAACUUUGAAAGCUCACCAACAAUUCUACUGCAAGAACUCGCAAAGGCCUACCUGUGCAAGUAAAGAAGCAUCCAGAAAAGUAUCCGGCCGAAGCUCGUUCUCCAACGACACAGAGAGAAAGUUGAGGUGCCGACGCGUUGUUCGCAGUGUGACUUCGAGCCUCAGUCCGUGUCUCAACUCUCAGUCCACGUCCGCAGCGCCCACCACAAUGUCAAGGCCUACAUCUGCAACAUUUGCGGCUACAGAGGCUUCAGCAUGCGCGGAAUCCGCACUCACUUAAGGUAUUAAAAAAUAUUUCUCUUCGCAGAGUACAUUUGACAGUUCAGGUCGCACUCACAGCUGGAAGGCCUCAAAUUCGACACGUUGCUCGAAAAACACGUCUCUAAAAUAACAUCCGAUGAGAAAUAA